UGCUCUAUCGCUCGCUUUCUUUCACUUCAUCUGUAGUGCCCCCUAAACCUGCGCACCUGCUGGCCCUUGGACAAGACAAGAAACCUAAGAGGAUCCCCCCGGCUCCCUGCAGGCCGCUGCCAGCACCUCCUCCGCCGCCUAAACCAAAGCUCAGUCAACCCCCUGCUGGCGUGGGCUCGCCGCCUCAGAGAGAGGCCCAGAAAGUGGGACUGCUCAUCGAACGGUUUGAGAACUCAAGGGUUCCUAUCCUGGGGGUGGUCCCGAGGCCCCAGCUGCACUUGUGUCUGAGGAUGGACGCCACCUCUGACCCCACAUCCCCCUGCAGCCCGGACCCUGCAGGGUCCACCACAGCAAAGAGCGCUGAGGAAUCCUCCCCUGUGGACAAACUUGCACUUGGCGACUCUGAGCGGACUGACGAGGUGUCAGAACUGUCCUGUCUGGCCUCGGUGCACAUCGACGGUUCAGAUGACGCUCCACUGGAUGACUGUCCAGAGGAUGACAUCACACACAGCGUGGGUUGCCUUGAUGACGUGGAGCGGGAGGAGGGCUCCUCCCAUGAGCUCCAGGACAAUCCGGACUCCUCGGAGCAGAACGGGAAUGGGAAGAUUCCUAAUCGGGACAGUGGCAUUGACAGCCCAUCAUGCGCUGCGGAAGGAGAAGUGUUCCCUAACGAGGAUGCCAUCGAUGAGGAGGAUCGUUAUGACAGCAUCACUGAAACGGAGAGUGUGUCCUGCUGCGUUACCCUGGGCAACAAAAGAGACUCAACGCAGGAUGAGGACAGUGACUUAGAUGAGGGGAGCAGUGGAGAGCUAGAGGGAGCAGACAAGACAGACACACACUCUGAGGCACACAGGUGCUCGGAGGCCCAGAAGCUCUUGAAUAUUGCCAGAGAGCUUCUCCAGACUGAAGAGGCCUACGUCAAGAGGCUGAACCUCCUCGAUCAGGUAUUUUGCACUAAGCUGACAGAGGCUGGAAUCCCUCAGGAUGUCAUUACAGGGAUCUUCUCCAACAUCUCCUCCAUCUACUGCUUCCAUGACAAGUUCCUGCUCCCCGAGCUCAAGACACGCAUCACUGGAGAAUGGGACUCCAACCCUCGUAUUGGAGACAUCCUCCAGAAGCUGGCUCCGUUCAUGAAGAUGUACGGAGAAUAUGUGAAGAACUUUGACCGAGCCAUGGACUUGGUCAACACGUGGACACAGCGCUCCUCCCAGUUCAAGAGUGUGGUCCAGAAUAUACAGAAACAGGAUGUGUGUGGGAACCUGACGUUGCAGCACCACAUGCUGGAGCCGGUCCAGAGGAUCCCUCGCUACGAGCUGCUGCUCAAAGACUACCUGAAGAAACUACCCGAUGAUGCGCUCGACCGGAAAGAUGCAGAGAAGGCACUGGAGCUAAUCUCUACUGCAGCUAAUCACUCCAAUGCAGCAAUCAGGAAAAUGGAGAAGAUGCACAAACUGCUGGAGGUUUAUGAGAGGCUAGGGGGGGAAGAGGACAUAGUAAACCCUGCCAACGAGCUCAUCAAAGAGGGACACAUCAAGAAGAUGUCGGCCAAAAAUGGGACAGCACAAGACCGAUACCUCUACCUGUUCAACAACAUGGUGCUAUACUGCGUGCCUAAACUCAGACUGAUGGGACAGAAGUUCAGCGUCAGAGAGAGGAUCGACAUCGCUGGCAUGGAGGUGCAGGAGAAUGUCAAGCAGAACCUCCCUCACACAUUCGCCAUUAUCGGCAAGCAGCGCUCGCUGGAGCUGCAGGCCAGGACAGCGGAGGAGAAGGAAGAUUGGAUUCAGGUGAUCUUGGCAACCAUUGAGAGGCACAAACAGAACAGCGAGACAUUCAAUAAAGCUUUCAACAGCUCCUUCUCCCGGGAGGACGACCACCAGCCCGACUCGCCGGGCCCCUGGAGUAGCACAUACAUCGACUCAGAUGGUGAAAGACUGCAUGAAAGGAAGAGUUCCAGGAAAAAGGAGAAGGAGAAGCAGACGUGUAAAGGCUGUAACGAGAGCUUCAACUUCACCAAGCGCAAACACCACUGCAAGUCCUGUGGAGCGGCCAUCUGUGCAAAGUGCUCAAAAAUGUUGGACAACAAGACGAGUCGAGUGUGCCCGGAGUGUUUUGAAGCCAGCCUCAGCAUAGAGAAUCUAAUAGGUGUUACUGAGCAGAAAAGGAAAGCUGCGCCUGAGAGACAGACAUCGCUGACGGGGGAGAACUGCCUGCUGUGUGGCCACCUGCAACUGCAAGAGAAGAGCAAGAGCUGGACCAAAAUGUGGGUGGCCGUCACCAAGGCUGAGCCACUGGUGCUCUACUUGCAGAGCAGCGGGCAGGAAUCCAAGGGGGCGCGGGCGGUGCCACUGCCAGGGUUCGAGGUCAGUGCGGUGUCGUCAUCAGCGAGCGAAAAGCCAGAGGUCAAACAUGCAUUCCGGCUCAGCCACACCCAGCAAGCUCUGCUCUUCAGCGCCCCGGAUGCAGACCUGCACGCCAAGUGGGUGGACGUGCUGUCCAGAGCCGCCCGCGGAGAAACACCUUCAGACACACCGAGCAGCCUGACAGAGAACAGGAAGAGCCAAUAAGAGCGGCCGUGUUGAGGUCACAGGACUUUCUCGCCCUCCCACCCUCUCCUGUGUAUAGAGCACACAUUACUUGAAUUCACUUUACCUUGGCACUUUUUGUUGUUUUUUUGCCUAUGAAAGGACCACUCAUUCCUUCCUAUGCCACUUCACCUCCUGAUCUCAUGACCACACAGCAGCUUCUCUCUCCUUCUCCUUCUCUGUCUUCUCUCUCUCUCUCUCUCUCUCUCUCUCCAACACACACAUCAACAAGAACUGUGCCACCAUGCCGCCACCACCGCCACUGUAUGUGUGGUUCCGUUUUAUUAGGAUAUUUUAUUUCUCUCUGUGUUUCCCAUGGUCUGAGAGGAGCAGCGAAUAAACUCUCUCAUGUUUUAUUUGUAAUAUAGCUGAAGAAGGCAUUUUAAGAUGGUUCCUGUAUGAUUUUUUUUUUAAAAAAAGAUGAAGUUCAUUGUACAUUACGCGACUGUGUUGUGAAGCAUUAACUCCUGUGUGUCUGUCUUUCCGUUUGUGUGUGAGUGUGUGCAUGUGUGUGUGCGUGUUAGUGUGUGUGUGUGUGUGUGUGUGUUUGAAUCUGAGUCCCUUUCCCUCCGUCAUGUUUAUUCAAUAUUGAAUGUUAGUGUAAGAGCCCCGCACCACCUCUCUGCUCUCUCCAUCCCUGCUUGGGACACAGUGGCAGUUCAGUGGGUAUUGUACAGUAUGUAUACUAUAGUGUGUUGUAAGGAAACAAAGGAAAAAAGACAUUUUAACUUAAAAAAAGACACAGAGACAUGUACGCUUGUGGCUGGCCACCUGAUGCUCCCACUAUCCGCUCCCAUCCCCUUUUCCUGUAUUACAUACGCUGGUUAUGAUUCCCCGCCAUCAUUGUCUUUGGGACCUCUGAUCUGAGACAGCGAGUGGUCUGAUCCACCAAAUUUCCAUCCAAUUCUCAUUCUUGUUAUUUUGACUCACCCUGAUGAGAGUACACAGCCAGAAUGGGAUUGUGUGGCCUCAAUUCUGACCCUGUGCUGCAGGUUUAGUCCCUCAGUAUCUCCACUUGUACACAUGCUAAAUAAAUCCCCUCCACGUAGUUUCUCUCAGUUCUCCCUCCCACUCCUACAGCAUAUCAACUAUCUACCUGCUUCAUUCCCUCUUUGGUGAUGUGACGGAAACCAAGUACUGUAAAACUGUAAACCUGUUUAUUCUGCCUUGCCCCCUAUACCUUGCUCCCAUCAGCACCAGCUUUUAAGCAAAGUAGCAGACUCAUUGGAUCUCUGUGUGCAUGUAAACUCACUUCAUAUUUAUGUACCUUGCCAAGUCCCCUAUUCUCCCUUCUAUUCCACUCCAAAAAUCCAUUCUUGUCGUACUGUAAGUGAGCAGAGUCAGUAUUUGCGUGUUUUAACCUGGAUUGUGCACAGUGCAAAAAGCAGUCGAGCAUAUCAUCAAUAAAUAGACAUGCGGUUCAUUCAGUGCCGCACUGUCUUAAGAAGAUA